AUGUCGGGAUUAUUUAUUGCCGAAGUGAAAGUCAUCCUGGCUGCAAAAAUAAAAAAAAAAAAAGCAAAAGAGACACAAGCCAUGCAUCCCACAGAAAGGCAUAUGGUUCUGUUGCUUGUGUUGGCAAGUCUGUUGGUGGUGGCUGAUCAACAAAUAAUAACCCAAAUAGGGCAGGCACUGAAAAACAUACCUGUAAAGAAUCCUGAUACAGCUUGGCACAUUCAUGUGGUGAAUGGGCUGAGCAAAGACUCUUUAUUUGUGCACUGCAAAUCCAAAGACAAUGACGUUGGCUUACACAACUUGGCUCGUGGAUUUGAAAUCCAAUGGAGCUUCGAUGAGAACGUUUGGGGGACGACACUAUUUUGGUGCUUCUUGCGGAAGCCCGGUGCCACUGCCUCGUUCGAUGUCUUCUGGGUUGAAAGUCGUCAUAAUUGGCUCCACCAUAGGUGCGCCAUAUUAACUUGUAUUUGGAUAGCCAAAGAUGAUGGAAUUUACUUGAGAAACAAUUCCGAUCACAUCGAUGAAUUGAUUCACAAGUGGGGUAAGUAAAACUUUGGCUCAUCUUUAUUAUAGUAUUAAUAAACAAAGAUAAAUUAUUUAUGAAGGGGGCAACAAAUGAAAAUUAGGUUAUUUACCUAAUACUAGUCAAUGGCGGAUCUAGGAUUUGAUUUCAGGGUAAGAUAUAUCACCAUAAACUUUGAUAAGCGUUGCAAUCAGGUGCUAUACGAAAUUAAUAGCAUUUAGA